GCCCGGCCGCCGGCGCCCACCGCCGGCUCCCGCCGCCUCUCCGCGCCGCCCGGGACGCGCCACCAUGGGGCCCCGGCUCGGCGUCUGGCUGCUGCUGCUGCCCGCCGCCCUUCUGCUCCACGAGGAGCGGAGCCGGGCCGCCGCGAAGGGUGGCUGUGCUGGCUCCGGCUGUGGCAAGUGUGACUGCCAAGGAGUGAAGGGACAAAAGGGAGAAAGAGGCCUCCCAGGAUUACAAGGUGUCAUUGGGUUUCCUGGAAUGCAGGGACCCGAGGGGCCACAUGGACCACCAGGACAAAAGGGCGAUGCUGGAGAGCCAGGACUUCCGGGCACAAAAGGGACAAGGGGACCCCCAGGAGCAGCCGGUUACCCUGGAAACCCAGGACUUCCUGGUAUUCCCGGCCAAGAUGGUCCCCCAGGACCCCCAGGUAUCCCAGGAUGCAACGGUACAAAGGGAGAGAGGGGCCCGCUUGGGCCUCCUGGCCUGCCAGGCUUCAGUGGAAAUCCCGGACCACCUGGGUUACCAGGGAUGAAGGGAGAUCCAGGUGAAAUACUUGGCCAGGUGCCCGGGAUGCUGUUGAAAGGAGAGCGAGGAUUUCCUGGCCAUCCAGGGAUACCUGGCUCACCCGGAUUGCCAGGCCUUCAGGGACCUGUUGGCCCUCCUGGAUUUACCGGACCGCCAGGUCCGCCAGGCCCUCCUGGUCCUCCAGGUGAAAAGGGACAAAUGGGCUCAAGUUUUCAAGGACCAAAAGGGGACAAGGGCGAUCAAGGGGUCAGUGGACCUCCAGGAGUACCAGGACAGGCACAAGUUAAAGAGAAAGGGGACUUUGCCCCAACGGGAGAAAAGGGUCAAAAAGGUGAACCUGGAUUUCAGGGAAUGCCAGGCUUUGGAGAAAAAGGUGAACCCGGAAAGCCAGGGCCCCGGGGAAAGCCUGGGAAAGACGGGGAGAAAGGAGAGAAGGGGAGUCCGGGCUUUCCUGGCGACUCGGGGUACCCAGGACUCCCAGGCCAGAUGGGUCCACAGGGUGAGAAAGGUGAUGUUGGGCUUCCAGGCCCUCCAGGAAUUGUCAUAGGCACCGGGCCCCUGGGGGAAAAAGGAGAGCGAGGCUACCCAGGAACUCCUGGCUCGAGAGGAGAGCCAGGCCCUAAAGGUUACCCCGGAUUACCAGGCCAGCCAGGACCUCCAGGUCUCCCCAGCCCAGGGCAGGUGGGCCCUCCUGGCUUCCCUGGAGAGAGAGGAGAAAAAGGCAGCCAAGGCCUUCCAGGAGUGUCUUUGCCAGGACCAAGUGGAAGAGACGGAGCCCCUGGCCCUCCUGGCCUUCCCGGGCCCCCUGGGCAGCCAGGCCACACCAAUGGCAUUGUGGAGUGCCAGCCUGGACCGCCUGGGGACCAGGGCCCUCCAGGAAUUCCCGGGCAGCAGGGACUGACGGGCGAGAUGGGAGAGAAGGGUCAGAAAGGUGACAGCUGCCUCGCCUGUGACACAGAAGGACUUCAAGGGCCUCCUGGGCCACAGGGGCCUCCGGGAGAGAUAGGUUUCCCAGGCCAACCGGGUGCCAAAGGUGACAGAGGCUUGCCUGGAAGGGACGGUCUUGAAGGACUGCCGGGGCCACAAGGUGCGCCUGGACUGAUGGGCCAGCCAGGAGCCAAGGGAGAGCCUGGCGAGAUUUAUUUCGACAUGCGACUCAAAGGCGAUAAAGGAGACCCUGGUUUUCCGGGACAGCCCGGCAUGCCAGGAAGAGCGGGGUCCCCGGGACGGGACGGCCACCCCGGGCUUCCAGGGCCCAAAGGCUCCCCGGGUUCAGUAGGAUUGAAGGGAGAACGUGGUCCCCCUGGAGGAGUUGGCUUCCCGGGCAGCCGGGGUGACAUCGGCCCGCCUGGACCCCCAGGAUUUGGCCCUAUUGGCCCCAUUGGUGACAAAGGACAGGCAGGAUUUCCUGGAAGCCCUGGAUCCCCAGGUUUGCCAGGUCCCAAGGGUGAAGCAGGAAAGGUUGUUCCUUUGCCGGGUCCUCCGGGAGCAGAAGGACUUCCGGGAGCCCCGGGAUUCCCAGGCCCUCAAGGUGACCGAGGCUUUCCAGGAACUCCAGGCCGGCCUGGCCUCCCAGGAGAGAAGGGUGCGGUGGGCCAGCCAGGGAUUGGAUUUCCUGGGCCUCCAGGUCCCAAAGGUGUUGAUGGCUUACCUGGAGACGCAGGACCCCCUGGGAGCCCGGGUCGCCCUGGGUUUAAUGGCUUGCCUGGCAGUCCCGGCGUACCAGGCCAGAAGGGCGAGCCUGGAAUUGGUCUGCCUGGAAUCAAAGGACAGCCGGGUCUUCCAGGCAUUCCUGGCACCCCCGGAGAGAAGGGCAGCAUUGGGGGACCAGGCGUUCCCGGAGAGCAUGGGCUGAUAGGCCCCCCUGGCCUUCAGGGGGUCAGAGGUGACCCAGGGCCACCUGGAGUACAAGGACCUGCAGGACCCCCAGGCGCGCCAGGAGUCGGCCCCCCUGGGGCUAUGGGCCCACCUGGAGGGCAGGGACCCCCCGGCUCAUCAGGUCCUCCUGGAGUCAAAGGAGAGAAGGGUUUUCCCGGAUUCCCGGGACUGGACAUGCCUGGUCCUAAAGGAGAUAAAGGGGCUCAGGGUCUUCCCGGCCUGACUGGACAGACAGGGCUCCCUGGCCCCCCCGGACAGCAAGGGACACCCGGCGUUCCAGGCUUCCCAGGUUCCAAGGGAGAAAUGGGCGUCAUGGGGACUCCCGGGCAGCCAGGCUCACCGGGACCUGCAGGUGUCCCCGGAUUACCUGGUGAAAAAGGAGACCACGGCUUCCCCGGCUCCUCGGGACCCAGGGGAGACCCUGGCUUCAAAGGCGAUAAGGGGGAUAUCGGGCUUCCUGGAAAACCGGGGUCCAUGGAUAAAGUGGACAUGGGCAGCAUGAAGGGAGAGAAGGGAGACCAAGGAGAGAAAGGACAAAUUGGACCCACUGGCGAUAAAGGCUCCCGAGGAGAUCCGGGGACCCCAGGGGUACCUGGGAAAGAUGGGCAGGCCGGGCAUCCUGGGCAGCCAGGACCUAAAGGUGACCCAGGAAUAAGCGGCACCCCAGGGGCCCCAGGACUUCCUGGUCCCAAAGGAUCAGUCGGUGGAAUGGGCUUGCCUGGAACACCUGGAGAGAAGGGUGUGCCUGGCAUCCCAGGCCCACAGGGCAUUCCUGGCAUACCUGGAGAGAAAGGAGCCAAAGGCGAGAAAGGGCAGGCCGGUCUGCCUGGCAUCGGCCUUCCGGGGCGGCCUGGCGAUAAGGGAGACCCAGGGCUGGCGGGCUUCCCGGGGAGCCCUGGAGAGAAGGGCCAGAAGGGCAGCACAGGAAUCCCAGGAAUGCCGGGGUCUCCCGGCCCCAAGGGGUUGCCAGGGAGCAUCGGCUAUCCAGGAAGUCCUGGAUUGCCUGGUGAGAAAGGAGACAAAGGCCUACCAGGAUUAGAUGGCAUCCCUGGUGUCAAAGGAGAAGCAGGUCUCCCUGGGACUCCUGGUCCCACAGGUCCAGCUGGCCAGAAAGGAGAGCCUGGCAGUGAUGGAAUCCCAGGCUCUGCAGGGGAGAAGGGUGAGCCAGGUCUACCCGGAAGAGGAUUCCCAGGUUUCCCAGGAGCCAAAGGAGACAAAGGUUCCAAGGGUGAAGUGGGCUUCCCCGGAUUAGCUGGGAGUCCAGGAAUUCCUGGAUCCAAAGGCGAGCAAGGAUUCAUGGGUCCUCCCGGGCCCCAAGGACAGCCAGGCUUGCCUGGGACCCCUGGCCGCCCCGUGGAGGGGCCCAAAGGAGACCGCGGACCUCAGGGACAGCCGGGCCUGCCAGGGCUUCCGGGACCCAUGGGGCCUCCAGGGCUGCCCGGGCUCGAUGGGCUAAAAGGUGACAAGGGGAACCCAGGCUGGCCAGGAACACCCGGUGCCCCCGGGCCCAAGGGAGACCCAGGCUUCCAGGGCAUGCCGGGCAUCGGUGGCUCUCCAGGAAUCACAGGCUCGAAGGGAGAUAUGGGUCCACCAGGAGUUCCAGGAUUCCAAGGUCAGAAAGGUCUUCCCGGCCUCCAAGGACUGAAGGGAGACCAGGGAGAUCAAGGCAUACCUGGCUCCAAAGGUCUUCCCGGUCCCCCGGGCCCCCCUGGUCCGUAUGAUGUCCUCAAGGGAGAGCCAGGGCUCCCUGGUCCUGAGGGUCCCCCAGGCCUGAAAGGGCUCCAAGGACCCCCAGGCCCCAAAGGGCAGCAAGGUGUGACCGGCUCAGCGGGUGUUCCCGGGCCCCCGGGCGCCCCUGGCUUCGACGGUGCCCCUGGCCAGAAAGGAGAGACCGGACCUUUCGGGCCCCCAGGUCCCAGAGGGUUUCCCGGGCCCCCGGGGCCCGAUGGGCUGCCCGGCUCCAUGGGGCCUCCGGGCACGCCAUCUGUGGACCACGGCUUCCUCGUGACCAGACACAGUCAGACAACAGAAGACCCAUCCUGUCCUCCUGGAACCAAGAUUCUUUACCAUGGGUACUCGCUGCUCUACGUGCAAGGCAAUGAGCGGGCCCACGGGCAGGACCUGGGCACGGCUGGCAGCUGCCUGCGCAAGUUCAGCACCAUGCCCUUCCUGUUCUGUAACAUCAAUAACGUGUGCAACUUUGCCUCGCGGAACGACUACUCCUACUGGCUGUCCACCCCCGAGCCCAUGCCCAUGUCCAUGGCGCCCAUCACUGGGGACGGCAUCCGGCCGUUCAUCAGCAGGUGUGCGGUGUGUGAGGCGCCGGCCAUGGUGAUGGCCGUGCACAGUCAGACCAUCCAGAUCCCACCGUGCCCCAACGGGUGGUCCUCGCUGUGGAUCGGCUAUUCCUUCGUGAUGCAUACCAGUGCCGGUGCUGAAGGCUCUGGCCAAGCCUUGGCAUCCCCCGGGUCCUGUCUGGAAGAGUUUAGAAGCGCGCCGUUCAUCGAGUGCCACGGCCGUGGGACCUGCAAUUACUACGCCAACGCCUACAGCUUUUGGCUCGCCACCAUCGAGAGAAGUGAGAUGUUCAAGAAGCCCACGCCGUCCACCCUGAAGGCCGGGGAGCUGCGAACCCACGUCAGCCGCUGCCAAGUGUGCAUGAGGAGAACAUAAUGCCGCCAGCUCUGCGCUGCGUCGCAACAUGGUGCUACCCCUUCCUCCUCCUCCUCCUCUUUCCAUCUGUAACAGCAGUGAAUCCCAGAUGUCUAUCCUGUGUACCUCACUGUCCAGUAUGAAACCAUAAAGUGCCUUCUAGGAAUUUGCGUGACUAACACACCCCGCUUCAUUGGCCUCUACUUGCUGAAGGAAAAAAAAAAACAACAACAGGGAAAAAAAACCCAACAACGAUAAGCUUCCCAUAGUGGCAUACCAAAUGGCACUUUUGAUUAAAUAAAAUAUACAUAACGUUGUACAAUGCGGUGCACUGAUGUGUGAGCUGAGAACUCCAUCAGAAACCAAAGGUGCUAGGGGUGGGCGGUGCCUUUCGUACAGCUUGGCUACCACCGUCUGCCUGUGUCCCACAGAUGAGUCCUCCACCCCUGUAGGAAUGUCUGUUUCUAUCCCUGUCUAGUGCUUCACCACCCGGGGCUCUCAGUGUAUCCAAGGAAGAGCCGUGUAAAAAUGGCUUCCUCAGACCUCCAAAUGGAAUCCCAGACUUAGCUACCAUCCCUUCCCAUUCCCACACCUAGAUUUCCGUCUCUCCACUGCCGCUUCUGUAGCCAGCCUGGUGCCUGUGGAGCAGCGAUGGUCCACAUGUAGUCAGAAAUUAAAUAUAUAUAUAUAUAUUAGUAAUUUAUAUAGAUGUCAGCAAUCAGGCAGGACAAGUUCUAGUGAGUUCCACGGUUACCUAGAGCUUCCCAAGAGUCCUUUUUCAGAUUAUGUCCCUCCCCCUUGUUUCGAGCACUAGGAAGCCAAGCGGACAGGGCAGCCUUCCUCGUUCAUUUCCAAACCAAAGUGAUGUGUCCACAGCCGGCCCGGGCUGCUGACAAUGGUGUCUAUGGCGAUGAGAUGUGCUUACUGUUUUUAUUCUGUAUUAAGUAUUUUCAGGGUUUCAACGCUAACCACAAACUGAAUGACUUGACCUCAGAACAACCUUACAGGCCUCCAUUAGGCUCCUCAUGUUGCCUCCAGACUUGAAAAGCAGCUCUGGUGAACCAAAAUACCCGCAUUUCCACACACGAAUACACGAGGCCACUCCGAGGCUCUGGGCUGUGUCUCUGGGAGCAGAUGGAGGGCACAGGGCAGAGUCCAACCACCAUGCUUGAAAUGACAUUUCACUAAAACUCUCCAAAACGUUGCUUAAGGAAAAAAAAAAAACAACAAAAAGACUACUAAGGCCUUUUAUGUAAUUUCUUUAAAUGUGUAUUUCGUAAGAAUUCAAAUUUGUAAUAAAACUAUUUGUAUAAAAAUUAAGCUUUUAUAUGAAUUUGUUGCUAGUGUGGCCACAAGAGCAUUAAAAGAAUGGCUGCUGCCCUGGCUGCUAAUAAACGUGUAAGCUUUGCAUUCCUUA